GCUGCCUUGUAGUUGUAGAGUUGUAGCUGUUCCUCUAUAUAUAAAAAAAACAUCCAACUUAAAAAAAAAUAUUUAUUUUAUUUUAUAUAUUUUCGCUGGUCUUCUCUCUUUUAAGGCGGUGACCCGAUCCGAUGAUGUGAGCUGAAGAGGAGGUGAAGUCACCGCGGGCGCUGCCAUGAAGGGGGGACCGGUCAACGGCGCCGUGACGGCGGCGAGCCCGCUCGAAGCGGAGAGGAGGACGAUAAACCAGGAGCUAUGGCACGCGUGCGCGGGGCCGCUGGUGACGUUACCGCCGGUGGGGAGCCUCGUGGUUUACUUUCCUCAAGGGCACAGCGAGCAGGUUGCAGCAUCUAUGCAAAAGAACGUUGACGCUCAAAUUCCAAGCUAUCCAAAUCUUCCCUCAAAGCUUAUUUGCCUUCUUCACAAUGUUACUCUUCAUGCUGACGCCGAGACGGAUGAAGUUUAUGCUCAGAUGACACUCCAACCAGUCAAUUCAUAUGAUGAGAAGGCAUUGCUGGCAUCGGAUCUUGCACUGAAAUCAAAUAAACCACAAACAGAAUUCUUUUGUAAAACUCUGACUGCAAGUGACACAAGCACACAUGGAGGAUUUUCCGUUCCUCGCCGCGCUGCAGAAAAGAUCUUUCCUCCUCUUGAUUUCUCUAUGCAACCACCUGCUCAAGAGCUGCAGGCCAGGGACUUGCACGAUAACGUUUGGACCUUCCGCCAUAUCUACCGAGGUCAACCAAAAAGACACUUACUCACAACGGGUUGGAGCUUAUUCGUAAGCGGGAAGAGGCUGUUUGCUGGGGAUUCUGUUUUAUUUAUUAGGGAUGAAAAGCAACAGCUUCUCUUGGGGAUUCGGCGUGCUAACAGGCAACCGACUAACAUCUCAUCAUCAGUUCUUUCUAGUGAUAGCAUGCAUAUUGGUAUUCUUGCUGCAGCAGCUCAUGCGGCUGCAAACAAUAGCCCAUUCACUGUGUUUUACAAUCCAAGGGCUAGUCCUUCAGAAUUUGUGAUCCCUUUAGCUAAGUACCAAAAAUCAAUCUACAGUAACCAAAUAUCGCUUGGCAUGCGGUUCCGAAUGAUGUUUGAAACUGAAGAAUCAGGAACUAGAAGAUACAUGGGUACAAUCACAGGUAUAAGUGAUCUAGAUCCUGUAAGGUGGAAAAACUCACAAUGGCGGAAUUUGCAGGUGGGGUGGGAUGAAUCUGCAACUGGUGAGAGGCGCAACAGAGUCUCCAUAUGGGAGAUUGAGCCUGUGCCGCCAUUUUUCAGAUCAAAGCGUCCAAGACAACCGGGAAUGCCAGAAGAUGAGUCUUCAGAGAUGGAAAAUCUUUUUAAAAGAGCAAUGCCGUGGCUUGGUGAGGAGAUAUGCAUAAAAGACCCCCAGUCCCAAAACACUGUAAUGCCUGGCUUGAGUUUAGCACAGUGGAUGAAUAUGCAACAGAACCCUUUGCUUGCAAAUGCAGCCAUGCAACCCGACUAUCUCCGAUCCUUAUCUGGGCCUGUCGUUCAAAAUCUUGGUGCUAAUGACAUUUCAAGACAGUUGGGCUUACAAGCCCAGUACUUACAGCAGAACAACAUUCAAUUUAAUGCUUCUAGGCUUCCUCAGCAGCAGAUACAACAAGUUGAUCAGCUUUCCAAAGUGUCAGCACCACUGAACCAGUCACCCAACAUUACUAGACCUCAGCAGCAAAUGCAAGAUGCUAACUUGCAGCAGAGGCAGCAAUUCGUUAACCAGACAGCUGCCAUGAACCUGCCACAAGCUAAUUUUGGUCAGCCCCAGAUUUUGGUCCAGAACCAGGCACAGCAGCAGCAGCAGCAGCCACUGAUUCAGAACCCCAAUGUGCAAAAUAACCUCCAAACUAGUCAACAGUUGCUACUUCAGCAACAACAGCAGCAACAACAGCAAUCCUUGCAACAACAACAGUUACAACAGCAGCAUCAACAACAACAGUUCCAGCAGAAUAGAAUGGCUGUUCAGAUGCCCAACCAAAAUAACCAACAGAUGCCAUUAUCCGACCAUCAGCUUCACCAGCAAUUGCUGCAGAAACUACAACAGCAGCAGCAGUCCUAUUUGGCACAAUCCACACUGCAGCAAUCUCAACUAUCUCAAAUUCAAGAGCAGCAGAAACCCACGUUAGUGGAAACACCACGUCAUCUUUCCAAUGCUACUCCACUCUCACAGCAACACACACUUCCUCAGCAAUGUGCAAAGUCUGCUCAAAUGACUGUUAAUUUAUCUCAAUCCUCCCUGCAUCAGUCACAGCAAAAGGCCCAAAAUUUGUUGCCACAUCAGCAAAUUUUGCUUCCUGAGCUGCCAGCAGCAGUCAUUCCAGCAACGCCAAACACUCUUCUCUCAACAACUGGAAACACCUUAUUGGCAGCUGGAGGGCCUAACUCAGGGGUUACAGACGAGGUUCCAUCUUGUUCCACCUCACCUUCUGCUAACAACAACUGUGUAGUUCUCCCACAGCAAGUUUUAAACAGAACCCGACCACGCAACUCAGUCACCCCCGAGAAGACACCUCAGUCAGCGAUGACUAUUUUAGAAGCUCUGGCUGCAAUUCCCAACACAUCGAAGGACUUGCCAAAAUCCGAAUCAUGUGUGAAGCCCUCAGUGCCAGUUACUUCGAAGAUGCAAAAUCAGGGAAUUGUAGGCCCGCAAACAUAUGUGAAUAACAUUGCACAAAUGGAUUACUUGGAUACAUCAUCUUCAGCAACUUCUGUCUGCCUAUCUCAGACUGAUGGAUCUUUACAACAAGGUUUUCCUCCCUCUUCUUUCAACCAGCCGUCGAUGUUCCGUGAUGCACCUCAAGACUGUGACGUGUCUGCUGAUCCUAGGAACAAUGUCCUGUUUGGGGUCAAUAUUGAUGGCCCGCUGGGGAUACCUGAUCCCUUGCUGGCAAAUAGCAUAGAUUCGGGGAAGUUUCAGAACAACUUGUCGGGUAACGUGGUUGCUAACUAUAGCACCUCAAAAGAUGCUCAGCAAGAGUUAUCAUCAUCUAUGGUUACUCAGUCAUUCGGGGUUGCUGAUAUGGCGUUCAAUUCUAUAGAUUCAGCCAUUACUGACAGCAGCUUUUUGAACAAAAAUUCCUGGGCACCUCAACCUCAGUUUCAGCGGAUGCGCACUUAUACCAAGGUGUAUAAGCGUGGAGCUGUGGGCAGAUCAAUAGAUAUUGGCCGUUAUGCAGGUUAUGAUGAGUUGAAACAUGAUCUUGCUCGCAUGUUCAGUAUAGAAGGGCAGCUUGAAGAUAGGCAGAGAAUUGGGUGGAAACUAGUGUAUGUUGACCAUGAAAGUGAUGUUCUACUUGUGGGAGACGACCCCUGGGAGGAGUUUGUGAACUGUGUACGGUACAUAAGGAUCCUUUCUCCGCAAGAAGUGCAGCAGAUGAGUUUGGACGGUGAUCUCGGAAAUGGACUGCUCCAAAACCAGGCCUGCAGCAGUUCAGACGACGGCAAUGCAUGGAGGGGCCAUUGUGACCAGAACUCCAGCAACCCUUCAGCUGGAUCAUAUGAUCACUUGGAAUGAUGACUAUAGAUCAAGUUCUAAAGAUUUUAAUUUUUCGUUCUGGUUUUAGGUUGGAGCACGGACCUUUUGCUGGCGGUUGAUUUUUAGCUGGAAGAAGAUGCAGGGAGGUAAAAUAGAGGGCAAAGGAAGAAAACCUCAGCUACGGAGGUUAAUUUGGUCCUUUGUAAAGCUGAUAAAAUUAGUUACUGGUCUUUACUGUUGUGGAUCCUCUUGCUCAACUAAAUUCUGUCACGCUGAAGCAGAGAGCUUUUAGGUUUUCUAUUGUGUAUAUCUGUAGUUUUCUCGCGCGACCGAAAAACAACUUGAUUGUAAAACUGAUUUGGUGUAUUUGAAGAUAUUGAAAUGCAGUGCAUCUGAUUAUGUAUUAUCC